AUGGCCCUCGAAACAGACGGCCUCCGUCGUCACAACGGCGACAUUGACCAAAACGAUACAGCAAGCUCUUACACCAUCGGCAAUGAACCACCAUCAUCACUACCCCAAGACGAGAAACCCAUUGGCUUUGGCCGGGGUCUUUCCAUUGCCCUGAGCAUGUGGGCUCUCAUCUUCCUCCAAGCAAGCAACAUGUCCGGCAUCUCCACCAUCCAAUCCACCAUCGCCACCGACCUCGACGCCUACGACUACGCCAUGUGGUUCACCGGCGUCUACCUAAUCACCUCCUCCUCCGUCGCCCCCUUAAUCGGUCGGUUAUCCACCAUCUUCACCCCCGGGCUUAUGAUCCUCAUCUCCUCCUUCUUUUUUUCGGCCGGCGCCCUCGUCACCUCCCAGUCCCACACCCUCUCAGUCUUCAUGUUCGGCCGAGUCCUCGUGGGCAUAGGAGGUGGUGGCAUCAUGACUUUAGCCCUGAUCCUCGUCAUCCAGCUGACCAGCAAGCGCCGCCGGGGUGUCUGGAUCGGCCUGACUAACGCCGGCUUCACAAUCGGCAUGUCGACCGGAGCCGUCGUCUUCGGCGCUUUAUUGCCUGUCAUCGGCUGGCGCGCGCUCUUCUGGAUGCAGGCGCCCCUAGGUCUGCUAGGAGGGUUGGGGGUGUACGCUAGUAUCCCGUCCUUCGUCAUGUCUUCCGGCGCUCCCUUGACCCCGGGGGAUGCGGAGAAGACGAACCUGCAAAAACUGAAAGGAAUCGACUACGCCGGCGCCAUCACCCUCACCACCACCAUCGUACUGCUGCUUUACUCCCUCUCCGCCGGCCGCACAGGAAUCCACUACAUCCCGCUUCUUUCGUCGUUCCUCACCUUCUCCCUUUUUCUCCUAAUCGAGUCCUAUUAUGCAUCAGACCCCAUCAUCCCCCUCCACAUCCUGCGCUCGCGCGGCAUUUUGUUGAGCUGCCUCUCGCAGUUGGGAUUCAUGUCCGCCCGCUGGUCCGUCCUCUUCUACGCGCCCAUCUUUGCCCUGGCCGUGCACGGCGCCUCGCCCGCCUUAGCGGGGUCCAUCCUCAUCCCGACGAACCUCGGUUUCGGCACCGGCGGCCUGCUGGUAGGCUGGCUGCACAUGACGCACACUGCCGACCACACCAGCAAAGGCUACUGGUUCCCUUCCUUACUGUCCAUGAGCAUCUUUGGACUGGCGAUUAUGGCGAUGGGGUUCGUAAGUAACGCUUACACCCCAUUAAGCGCGUACGUAGCAGUGAUAUUCGUCAACGGCCUGGCCACGGGGGCAGCGGUGAACUAUACUAUGGCGCAUCUGCUGCAUUUGAGCCAUGUGCGGGAACACUUUAUCGUUACGGGCUUGCUGGCUACGUUCCGGGGGUUUGCGGGCAGUUUUGGGACGGCUAUCGGGGGCGGGAUAUUUGGACGGGAACUGAGGGCUUCGCUUUAUAAAGGGUUUGAGAGGCUGGGUUGGGAAGAAGGGAUGCCGAGGGAGAGGAUGGAGAAGUUGGUUACGGUUUUGGUGGGCAGUCCGGCGAGGGUGCAUGAGAGGGGGUUUUUGACGGUGGAAGAGAGGGUGGUGGCUGUUGGGGGAUAUGAGAAUGCUCUAAGGACGCUUUAUUUGAGCGCGGCGGUGCUGUGUGUGGUUGUGUUGGUGGUGCAGGCGGGCACGGGGUGGACGGCGGGGGGAGUCAGUCCGGAGGAGGAGAGGGAGAUUGAGGAGGCGAUUGUGGAACAUGAUGGGAGGAUGGAGGCUUGA